CAGAAUUCCCCGCAGUAAAAUAUCGAUGUACUCUCUCUCUCUCUCUCUCUCUCUCUCCAACCCAACCCAACCCAACGCGACCAGGUAGAUAUAUACACUACCCCUUCUGCUCCGUUCUCGUUGCUCUUUCCAACACAAUCUCCUUCCUUUCUUCCUGUUUCUCCCCCUCCUCCAGCCUUCAUCAUCUCCCUCUCUAUGUUUCUGGGAACCGCAUAACAGUUUCACCCUCUGACUGAUAUGGCAGGUGGCGUCACCAAGUACGCACCCAUCAAUGGCGGCACUUUGAUCUCAGACUUCAAAUCCCACUUCUCCAUCCUCCGCCCUCGCCCCAAGAGGACUGUCACUCUUGCCUAUGCCUUCGUCUCCCUUUUCAUUGCCUUCACUCUCUUUCUUGCCUUCACUCCUUCCAACUCUUCCUCUCCUUGGUUUACAAACGUCUUUACCCUACCCUCUCCCACGCCAUCUCCAUCUCCAACUUCUACUUCUACUUCUUAUAGAUCUCAAUUCUCUUCUAUCUUCAAUUAUUUUUUCCCCAAUUCCUCUUCCUCCUCCUCCACCGACAAUGCUGGAUCUCAGGACGCUGCCUUUUCCUCUCCCAAUUUGAACGAGGAGCCUCCUUCUGUGCAAACUCAGACCAAAACUGAAGCUUUGCCUCAUAAAGUUAAGGCUCUGCAGCCAGAUCAUGCUGCCGACUCGAGUUCGCCUCCCAAGUCUCCUGUAAGCACGCCUGUAAAUAAGAAUAGUAAUAGUAUUACAAACACACCGACACCUUCUCCUGAGUUGAACCGAGGCAGUAUAGGUGUAAAAAAUCAGACAUCCGAUGGUAAAGGUGGAGUCUUGAAGAUAAAUCAGACUCGGAGCCAAGCUCAUCGAGAUCAAGUUGAAGUUUUGAAGGCCAAUCAAAGCACAAUUGGGGCCACAAAGUCUAACAAACCUCCGAAUUCGAACGUAGACAAGGCAAUUACAGAAAAGAGAGCGGGCAGCAACCUGACUUCAUCUCUGAUGAAGAAACAGGGUAAUGGCACGAAUUCUGGUGCGGCUAAAAAAGGAAUGGAUGAUUUGGUAAAGACUCUGAUGAAUUGCGAUGUCUUCGAUGGAAAUUGGGUGAAGGAUGAUUCUUAUCCACUUUACAAACCUGGUUCCUGUUCUCUAAUCGACGAGCAAUUCAACUGUUUCCUCAAUGGUAGGCCGGAUAGUGGAUUUCACAAAUUGAAAUGGAAGCCAAAAGGUUGCACUCUACCGAGGUUGAAUGGAAGCCAAAUGCUGGAAUUGCUAAGAGGAAAGCGGUUAGUGUUCGUAGGUGAUUCUCUCAAUCGGAAUAUGUGGGAAUCCCUGAUUUGCAUCCUGAGGAACUCUGUAAAAGAUAAGAAGAAAGUCUAUGAAGAGUUCGGGAGGCACCAUUUCCGAUCAGAAGCCUCUUAUUCGUUUGUCUUCGAAGAUUACAAGUGCACAGUGGAGUUCUUUGUUACUCCCUUCCUGGUUCAAGAGUGGGAAGUAACUGGUAAGAACGGGACGAAGAAGGAGACACUUCGACUUGAUCUGAUCAGCAGGUCUGCUGAUAAAUAUAAAAACGCAGACAUCAUCGUGUUCAAUACUGGACACUGGUGGACGCAUGAGAAGACAUCAUUGGGGAAGGACUAUUAUCAAGAAGGCAGCCAUGUGUAUAGCGACUUGAAUGUCCUUGAGGCUUUUAGGAAAGCUAUAACAACAUGGGGGAGGUGGGUUGAUGCCAAUGUGAACCCCAAAAAGUCGCUAGUGUUCUUCAGAGGCUAUUCAGCAUCUCAUUUCAGCGGUGGGCAGUGGAACUCAGGUGGGCAGUGUGACCAUGAAACAGAGCCAAUAAAGAAUGACACAUACUUGACGCCAUAUCCGGACAAGAUGAUUGUGUUGGAGAAGGUUUUCAGGGGAAUGAAAACGCGUGUGAACUACCUGAAUGUAACGAGGAUGACAGACUAUCGCAAGGAUGGGCAUCCAUCAAUAUAUCGUAAGCAGCAGAUGUCAGAGGAAGAGAGGAGGUCGCCCUUGAAAUUUCAAGACUGUAGCCAUUGGUGCCUCCCGGGUGUGCCUGAUGCUUGGAACGAAGUCCUGUAUGCAGAGCUCUUGGUGAAGCUGUACCAGCAGCAGCAGCAGAGGCAAGAGCAGAAUAGGUAAAAGAAAAUGAAAGCUCCUCUGGUGAUGGGGGGGUGUGUAUUGAUCACCAACAACACAACACCAUGAACAGAUGAAAUGAUAGGGUGGAGAGAAGAAAGGAGCCCCUGAAGUCGGAUGAAGAAGAGUAAUUCUUUUAUUUUGGAAAACGCGUAUAUACAUACAUACAUACAUACAUACAUACACACACACAUAGAGAGAGGGAAUGAAUGAAUGAGUGAAUAUGCGGCCGAUCAGGAGGGGAUACAAGCCAGGGAGAAAGAAAGGAUAGCCAGGUGUGUUGAUAUAUCUAUUACUAUUAUAUAAGUUUUAAAACAGGAAAUAUGAAACAAGAGAGGAUGGGAAAGGGAAAGGAUUGAUAAUUAGUUGGAAAGAUGAGGGCUUGUUUCUUUCCUUGUGAAGAAGAACAAUAAUGUAAUGUUCCCCUAUAAACAUAAUAUAUUUUUAUUGCUUUAA